GAGAAACCGAGAAAGCAAAUGAGCUCAAUUAGGUUCACAAAAGAUGGUUUUAAUGGAAACCCAGAAAUAGAGGAAAGUAUACGAUGAAAAUUGACAGACCCUGAACCGGCAGAGCUACCUGAAUGCUACCUAAAGACUAUCAAAGCUUCAUGGUUUUAUUUAUUUUUGGAGCAAAUGAGCUCACACUGAGUGUUGAGACAAACGGAGAUUGCUAAGUUUGACUUCAAUUCACUCUAUUAAAUCUUCAUGUUUUCGAAGAGAAUUAUUCAUCACCUUUACAAGUCUUCUGAUUAUCUUCGCCAGGAAAUUUGGCAUUUUCAAUAUUGGAAACCAUUCAGAUUGAACAAUUGUACUUUUACUACCUGUGCAAGUAUAAAUUCGCUGGUUCUUGAUGAUUUUUCAGAUGAAGAAAAUGUAUAUUAUCCAUCUAUUAUUCAUUCUCAUAUAGCGAAAGACAAUGGCUAUUUUGAUCAUACUUAUUAUCUAAGCCUACUAGGUAGUUGCUUGAGUGAAGGGUCAAUUGUAGAUGCCAAGAAACUACAUGGGAAGUUGUUGAAAUUGGGAUUUGGCUCAGAUUAUAGGAUCGGUGCUAGGUUUCUUGAUAUUUAUGUUGCUGGUGGAGAUUUAUCUAGUGCAUUGCAAAUAUUUGAUAAUUUGCCAAGUGGGAUUAGAAAUGUGUCUUGUUGGAACAUAUUAUUGUCUGGUUUUACACGGACGAAAAGAAAUGAUGCAGUUCUAAAUCUGUUCUCUCGAAUGUUAAGAGAAUAUGUUAAUCCAGAUGAGUGCACAUUUUCUCAAGUUCUACAAGCCUGCAGUUAUAACAAGGCUGCUUUUCGUUUUCGGGGUGUUGAACAGAUUCAUGCAUUGGUUAUGCAUUGUGGUCUUGGAUUGAAGCUGAUUGUUUGUAACCGUUUGAUUGAUUUGUAUUCUAAGAACGGAUUAGUAGAUUCUGCUAAGCAAGUCUUUGAGGAUAUGGUGGUAAGAGAUAGUUCUUCUUGGGUUGCCAUGUUGUCUGGCUUUUGUAAGAACGAGCGAGGAGAAGAUGGUAUUCUCCUAUAUAAGGAUAUGCGUAAAUUUGGAGUUAUUCCUACUCCAUAUGUUUUCUCGAGUGUUAUAAGUGCAUCCACAAAAAUAAAAGCUUUUGAUUUGGGAGAACAGCUCCAUGCUAGUAUCUAUAAAUGGGGAUUUUUAACUAAUGUUUUUGUUGGUAAUGCUCUUGUGACAUUGUAUUCUCGGUGUGGAUACUUAACAUUAGCAGAACAAGUAUUUAUUGAAAUGCCGCAGAAGGAUGGAGUUACCUAUAAUUCGCUAAUCUCUGGUCUCUCUUUGAAAGGAUUCAGUGAUAAGGCUCUACAGUUAUUCGAGAAAAUGCAGUUAGGUUCGUUAAAACCCGAUUGUGUUACAAUUGCAAGCCUCUUGGGUGCUUGUGCAUCGUUAGGAGCUCUUCAGAAGGGAAGACAAUUGCAUUCCUACGCAACAAAGGCAGGUCUAUGCUCAGAUAGCAUAAUUGAAGGUUCUUUACUUGACCUUUAUGUUAAGUGCUCUGACAUUGAAACAGCCCAUAAAUUUUUCCUUGGAAGCCAGAUGGAAAACAUUGUUCUGUGGAAUGUGAUGCUCGUGGGUUAUGGACAGAUGGGUGAUUUGGAUGAAUCAUUCCAAAUCUUUUCGCAAAUGCUGGUUAAAGGGCUACAACCUAAUCAAUACACAUACCCCAGUAUAUUGAGAACUUGUACAUCUGUUGGUGCUCUGUAUCUUGGAGAGCAAAUACAUAGCCAAGUAUUAAAAACUGGCUUUUGGCAGAAUGUAUAUGUGUGUAGUGUGCUUAUAGAUAUGUAUGCCAAGCAUGAAAAACUGGAUGCAGCAGAGAAAAUCUUUUGGCGUCUGAAUGAGGAAGAUGUUGUAUCUUGGACAUCCAUGAUCGCUGGAUAUGCUCAGCAUGACUUGUUUGUUGAAGCUCUAACACUUUUUAGAAAAAUGCAACACCAUGGUAUUCGAUCAGAUAACAUAGGAUUUGCAAGUGCAACUAGUGCAUGUGCCGGCAUUCAAGCACUCGAUCAAGGGCGACAAAUCCAUGCCCAGUCAGUGGUGUCAGGCUACUCAUUAGAUCAUUCAAUAGGCAAUGCAUUGAUUUUUCUCUAUGCUAGAUGCGGCAGAAUACAAGAUGCGUAUGCAGCAUUUGACAAAAUUGAUACCAGAGAUAUUAUUUCGUGGAACGGCUUGGUAUCAGGAUUUGCCCAAAGUGGAUUUUGUGAAGAAGCACUGGAAGUGUUUUCUAGAUUGAAUGGAGAUGGAGUGGAAGCUAACAUGUUCACAUAUGGAUCUGCUGUUAGUGCAGCUGCUAAUACCACCAAUAUUAAACAGGGGAAGCAGAUUCAUGCUAGAAUAAUAAAGACUGGUUAUAAUGCUGAAAUAGAAGCUUCCAAUGUCCUGAUCACAUUGUAUGCAAAGUGUGGAAGCCUUGUGGAUGCCAGGAAAGAGUUCCUUGAAAUGCAAAAUAAGAACGAUGUGUCAUGGAAUGCCAUGAUAACUGGUUAUUCUCAACAUGGAUGUGGUAAUGAAGCUAUAGAACUGUUUGAGGAGAUGAGACAUCUUGGUGUGAAGCCGAACCAUGUCACCUAUUUGGGUGUUUUAUCAGCCUGUAGCCAUGUGGGUUUGGUGGACAAGGGGCUUUGUUAUUUCAAUUCGAUGAGUAAAGAUUAUGGUUUAAUGCCAAAACUAGAACAUUAUGCGUCUGUUGUAGACAUUUUAGGACGAGCUGGCCAUUUGCAGCGAGCAAUGAAGUUUGUGGUGACUAUGCCAAUCGAACCUGAUGCAAUGGUUUGGAGGACCCUCCUAAGUGCUUGCAUAGUUCAAAAGAACAUGGAAAUAGGGGAAGAGGCAGGUAAACAUCUCUUAGAAUUGGAGCCUCAAGACUCAGCAACUUAUGUUUUGCUAUCAAACCUGUAUGCAGUUCUUGGACGAUGGGAUUCUCGGAACCAGACAAGGCUGCUGAUGAAAGACAGAGGUGUUAAGAAAGAGCCAGGUCGUAGCUGGAUUGAAGUUAAAAACACCAUCCAUGCAUUUUUUGUUGGAGAUAGACUCCAUCCACUAGCAAAUCAUAUAUAUGACUUUGUGGAGGAACUAAAUAAACGUGUAGUCAUGAUUGGUUAUGUGCAAGACAAUAAUAGCCUUUGGAAUGAUUUUGAGUUGGGACAAAAAGAUCCAACUGCUUAUAUUCACAGUGAAAAGUUAGCUAUUGCAUUUGGACUUCUAAGCUUGCCUGAAAUGUUUCCGGUACGGGUGAUGAAGAAUCUUCGUGUAUGCAAUGACUGCCAUAAUUGGAUAAAGUGUGUGUCUAAGGUUGCUAAUCGGGCCAUUGUUGUACGAGAUGCAUACAGGUUUCAUCAUUUUGCAGAUGGAGACUGUUCCUGCAAUGAUUUUUGGUAAUUGGAACUAUUGAGGGGUGCAGUGUGGUGAAGAGGGGUUUAGGUUCUAGAAGUUGGAGAUAUCAUAGUAAACUACCAGUGCUUUGAGAUUGAUGCUCUGGAUACCUUACCAAUACCUCUCUGGAUACCUUACUAAUAGAGAUGAACCUGGCAAGCAAGUUUGAAGUGCUAUCAAGAUAAAAACACUAGCAAGUCUCACAUAGCUUUCAAUCUUCCAGGACAGUCUAGUGGUAAGAGCACAGUAUGAUGUGUGGGUUAGGCGCACGUCAAGGAUUUGAAUCCACCCCAGGCUUUAGUAUUUAAGUGGAGAAUGGUAGAGAGUGCACCAGUUCCAAACAACUGGACCAAAAAGCUGUUUCAUGCAUCCUCGCGCUCGCGGAGUGAUUUAUUCCUGGUGAUAGUUGCUGUAAUCAAAUUUGCACAGCAUCCAGAGAAUAAUGAAAAACAGAAGGAUCAAAAGAGUAAGCUGAGCUUCAAAUUCAAAAUCAUGAGCCUCAGGGUGAAAGGACCAAUGGAGUAUCUGAGUUGGUUAGUAGAUUAUGUGCCGUUGUUUGGUGCCUUCACGAACAAUGUAAAAUUUUCUUUUAACGAUGGUAGUGUUCGGGCCGGUUUCCACCAAGUUACUCGUCAUAGAUGGAUGGUUGAGCUACCAUUAGAGAACUAACCUUGUAAGUUUUUGUCCCAACAUGUCCAUGUUUCACAACCUGUUCUGAUGCAACUCGAGAUCUGUAGCUUUGGCUGGAAAAAGAUUACCACUCUUGUUGAUGCGGGUAGUUGGUUGUUAGGACAGAUGUUAUGUUUAUGGUAUUGAUAAUACAAAUUAGUGGAACAUUCCUAAUGUAGAAUUUCAACGUUCAAUUACAGUUACUUGGCAUAGCUACAAAGCUGUAUAUAAAUGUGAUUUUUUCAAGAAAGGGGAGAGUUUUCAGUUUUGUCA